GUGUGUGUGUGUGUGUGUGUGUGAGAGAGAGAUAUUUAUUCAUAAUCUGAGCUUCUGAAACAUGACUUUAAUUUUGUAGAAAUGUCAAACUGACUGAAGCAACGCUCGACUCCAAAUGUCAUUUCAGCCUCUUUCAUGUGUUGAGUCGUCCUCCUCUUCCCCGCCCGUUGAUGGGAGACGUUUGGUGUGGAGAGCAAGAGACUGGUAUCUCCUGCCAUCUGCUCAUAAAGCUUCAUCAGAGGGAGAACAAAGCUGCUCUUUCAUUUCCUGUCUGACAGGAAAUGAAAGAGCAGCUUCUGAUGGAGGAAACUUAUCAGCAUCUCUGCGUCUCCUAUCCGAGGUGAUUGUAGUGUUCAUGUGGACCAGCUGUCACUUUGCUCCUCCUGCUCGCAGGGAGGCUACUCUGGGACAAGCUGUCCUCUGAUGGACAGGAUGGAGACGGUCUGGGACAAGCUGAGAGACAAACCGUGUCUUGAUGGACAGGAUGGAGACAAUCGGGCGACGAGCUGUCUCCCGAUACAGACAGUGGAGACGAUACACUGCAGAUGCAGGAAAAACAUGGAUACUUCUGUAGAAGAUCUUCUCAGACGGGUCAAACUUACGAGAGGAAACUAAUGAAUUGAAUCUAAAACAGCUGGAGAGUCCAUUCUUAAAACUUUGAGCUAUUUUUCAGUUGAAAUAAUUGUAUCAAAUGGUACAAUAAUCCGGUGACUGCCGAUGUGUCUUUGGCCAAGGCACUCAAGCCCAAAAUAGCUCCUGUAGAGUAUGAAUGGGUGAAUGUUAGUAUCUGAUGGGCAGGUCUGUGUGGUAGAUCCGCCCAUCAGAGACUGAACGCAUGAAUGAUGUCAUGUAGUGCAAAAGAACUUUGAGAGGUCUGAAGACCAGAAAAGGGAAAUACUAGAACAUUAAGCAUGUACUCUUCAUUCCCUCUGUGUCUUUCCCUUGUGAGCUGCAGAAGUUAGUCUCCACACUGUUUGAGUGUAUAUAAAUCAGGUCUGUAUACACCUAGCCUUUAUACAUCACACUUUGAAUCGGGCCGGAGACUUUGUAGUGGACCCUCAGUGGGAGGAGCUUCAGCAGCAGGGAGGAGCUUGAAGUCAGUAUUUAGCAGGAGGUGAUGCUCUGCCAGCUGCAGUGUGAGGAGCAGCACCCAGACGGCAGGCUGGAGCCCUGGUACACCUACACCCACUGGUUCCCCAUGGCCUCGUCCCACGUGAAGCGGCCCGGCCCGGAGCCGGUCCCCCGCAUGCAGCCCGCCAUGAUGAUGUUCUCCAGCAAGUACUGGUCCCGGAGGGGUCUGUCUCUGGACUCCGCCAUGUUCCACGAGCAGCAGCAGCGCCACACGGGGGGGCGGAUGUCGAGGCGGACAUCCUUCUGUCCCAUCAACGAAGUGCCAGACAAAGAGAGCGCUGAGGAUUGUGGGAAGACGGCUGUGGUGUUUUCACUGAAGAAUGAGGUGGGCUGCCUGGUCAAAGCCCUCAGGCUCUUCCAGGAGAAGCGAGUGAACCUGAGCCACAUUGAGUCUCGGAUGUCAAAGCGAGUUGUUAAUGAGGUUGAGAUCUUUGCCGACUGCAGCUGCAGCAAGAAAGAGUUUGACGAGCUGCUCCAGCAUCUCAGAGACCACGUUAACAUUAUCUCCUCCAACACACCUGCACACCUGUGGUCUGCUGAGGCAGAUGGAGAUGAUGUUCCGUGGUUUCCAAUGAAGAUCUCUGAGUUGGAUCAGUGUUCUGACAGAGUGUUGAUGUACGGAUCCGAGCUGGAUGCAGACCACCCUGGCUUUAAGGAUGAAGUUUAUCGCCAUAGGAGGAAAUACUUUGUGGAAGUGGCCAUGAAUUAUAAAUUCGGGCAGCCCAUCCCUCGUAUCGAGUACACCCUGGAGGAGGUCAGGACCUGGGGGGUGGUCUUCAGAGAGCUCACCCAGCUGUACCCGACUCACGCCUGCAGAGAAUACCUGAAGAACCUGCCGCUGCUUAGCAAACAAUGUGGUUACCGAGAGGACAACAUCCCCCAACUGGAGGACGUCUCCCUGUUUCUCAGAGAGAGGUCUGGUUUCACUGUGCGACCAGUAGCAGGUUACCUUUCCCCCAGAGACUUCCUGGCUGGUUUGGCCUACAGAGUGUUUAACUGCACUCAGUACGUUCGUCACAGCACCGACCCGCUCUACACACCUGAGCCGGACACCUGCCAUGAACUGCUGGGUCAUGUUCCUCUUCUGGCUGACCCAAAGUUUGCCCAGUUCUCUCAGGAAAUCGGACUUGCAUCUCUCGGAGCUUCGGAUGAGGACGUUCAGAAGCUGGCCACAUGUUAUUUCUUCACCGUUGAGUUUGGACUCUGCAAACAAGACGGACAGCUGAGAGCUUAUGGAGCCGGAUUAUUGUCAUCCAUAGGAGAGCUGAGGCACGCCCUGUCUGAGAAGGCCCGUGUGAUGACCUUUGACCCCAGGACCACCUGUGACCAGGAGUGUCUCAUCACCACCUUCCAGGAGGUCUACUUUGUGUCCGACAGCUUCGAGGAGGCCAAGGAGAAGAUGAGGGAGUUCGCUAAGUCCAUAAAGAGGCCAUUCUCAGUGUACUACAACCCGUACACUCAGAGCAUUGACCUGCUCAAAGACACGCGCGGCAUCGAGGACGUGGUGCAGGACCUCCGCAGCGACCUCACCACCGUGUGUGACGCCCUGAGCAAGAUGAACACCUACAUGGGCAUCUGAGCCUGGGCCCUUACUUAGUUACUUCACUAUGUCACUUUGUCGCUCCGUUACUUUGUCACUGUCAUGUCAGCUUUAUAUUAACAACACGAUAUGUAUGUGUAUAAAUUAGACUUGAGUCCAUCAACAAUAAAAACACGCAUUAGGUGGUUUAGUCUUUCCAACCUCGUCACGUUGCUUCACUUUGUGUCUAUUAAACAAUUAUUUAAAAAACAGUUUCUGUGGAACCAAAAUAAAAUGACGUGCAUUCAACCCUGAA